CACAGAAGAAUAUUUCCAUUUGGUACUCUCUCAGUGCCAUCCCCAACAAACUUACAUAUGGUUUUAUAAGAGGCUGAAAUUAGCAAACAACAAAGAGAUGUGUACAAGCAAUAAGACUCUUUCACCUCUCCUUUCUCGUUUGACAGGAUCUCUAUUCCCUUCAUAUAAAUAUACCAGAGUCCAGGCCAACCAUAGCAACUAAACCACCAACUACUAUUAUUUCCUUUCCAAUCUUGUAACCCAAAAGACAAUACUAAAUAACUUGAAAGGAAGAUAUGGGUAGGAAGAGAAAGGUUAGUGAAAUUGUGGAAGACAAAAACUCUAGUGAAGUAACCAUGGCUUGGGAUGAAAUGGUCAAGGAAGCUGCUGAGGCUGCUGCACUAGGAGGAGUCAGGAGAGCUAGGAAGCGAUUUGUUGGUGUCAGGCAAAGACCUUCAGGCAGGUGGGUUGCUGAGAUUAAGGACACCAUACAAAAAAUAAGGGUGUGGUUAGGUACCUUUGAUACUGCUGAAGAAGCAGCAAGAGCUUAUGAUGAAGCUGCUUGCUUGCUUCGCGGUGCCAAUACAAGAACAAAUUUCUGGCCCUGUUCUCCAUCUUCUUCAACGACUCCAGCUCUUCCUUCAAAGAUCACAAACCUUCUUCUCCAGAGGAUCAAAGCAAGAAACAACUCUUGCCCUUCUGUAUCCCCUUCCCCUCUGCCUAUCAACCAGCAAGAAGUGGAGGAAUAUAGAGCAGAAACAACAGAUUUCCCAGACACCCAAUUCACAGAUUUCCUCAAUGAUCCUGAAGAUUACACCACUUGCAACGAUAACAUUGAUAGUUCUAGUUCAAGCGCUCUUGAUUACAUGACAACCAGCCUUGAGUCAUGUUUAACUGAGAAAGAAGAUAGUGGAGGAAGAGAAAUGGAUUUUGAUUACAGCUGGAGUAAUAUAUCAGAGUCUUGUAAUGGUGAUGUUAACAACUUAGAAGCUGAAGGUGAAGAUGGGGGAGAAGAUGAAGGAGAAGAGGCUGUUAUAGGGGCCAUGGAUUUCCAAUUUGUUGAUGAUGUUGGAUCAGCUUGUUACUACUCUCCUUUCGAAAUUGCUGAAGAGAUCGAGGAGCCGGUGGAGCCAGAGACCUUUGGAGAUGAACCUUCAAUGCUUAGAGCAGCCAUGAAGAGGAUGAAAUAUGAAAGGAAGUUCUCUGCUUCUCUUUAUGCCUUCAAUGGAAUUCCUGAGUGCUUAAGGUUGAAGCUUGGAUCAGGAAAUGAGAAGGGGAGAGAAAGGUCUGCUCAAUUAACCAAUCUUCGAAUCGCAUGUAACAAGAACAAAGAGAAGGAGAGGAAAGCAAAAGAAGAGAAUAUGGAAGUGAUGGGGAAGAAACAGGAAGAGAACUCACAAAGCUCAGUUGAAAUGGGGUCCUCUGCUUCAUCUUCUUCUUUGAGCAAUGAUGGUGAAUUGUCACUUUGGAGCUCCCUUGAUCUUCCACCAAUCUGUUUUGUUAGCUAAAUCCAUUUAUAUGAUCUUCAUUUCGUAAGCAUUUCAUUUCUGAGAUUCACAAGUCAACAAAUAAUAGUUCAAUCAAUUUCAGACAACUCUUAUGAUUAGAUAUACGCAGAGUAACGUCUAAGAUUUACCACCACCGAUCUUGGCAAUACCAUAGGGUACUUUUUGAUCUUUUUCUCAUGUUCAAUAUAAUAAGUUGUAAAACAAAAUUCAGGACAUACGGAGGUAUGAAGCAUUUGAAGCUUGGUCGUAGCAUUCCAAAACUAUAUGAAUAGUGGCAAUUUCUUUGAGAAGCUUAGUGGGUUAAUUUCCUUGGAGUCCUGUUGCCCUGUUGGUAUGGUCUAGUAAGAGAAUUGAAAGUCAAGAAAGGAAAAAUGCAUUCUGUUGGUUUCAGAAAGCUGGAUUUAUUCAGCCUGGAAUAUGUAAUUUUAUACAUAGAUUUCAUUUUUCGCAUCAAAUAGACAAAUUUGAAGCUAA